GGCCAAGCCAUGACUACAGUAGUGGUACAUGUGGACUCCAAAGCUGAGCUCACUACCCUGCUGGAGCAGUGGGAAAAGGAACAUGGCAGUGGGCAGGACAUGGUACCUAUCCUUACCAGGAUGUCUGAAUUGAUUGAAAAAGAAACUGAAGAAUAUCGUAAAGGGGAUCCAGACCCAUUUGAUGAUCGACAUCCUGGUCGAGCUGAUCCAGAGUGUAUGCUGGGCCACUUGCUGAGAAUACUCUUCAAGAAUGAUGAUUUCAUGAAUGCAUUGGUGAAUGCAUACGUGAUGACAAGCCGAGAACCCCCUUUAAACACUGCAGCUUGCAGACUCUUACUGGACAUCAUGCCAGGGCUGGAAACUGCUGUUGUCUUUCAAGAAAAGCAUUCGUUUGAUUAA